AUGCCGGAAACGGAAUCAUUCAAACAUGAUGAGAUUAUUUUGGAACCGUUUCAUUACCUGCUCGCUAACAACGGAAAAGGUCUAAGAAAACAACUUAUCAAGGCUUUCGAUUUUUGGAUGCAUAUACCAGCCGAAAAACUCGAAGUUGUCGGUGAAGUAAUUGAGAUGCUCCACAACGCCAGCUUAGUCAUCGAUGACAUCGAAGAUGGUUCAAGUCGCAGAAGAGGCAAACCAUCUGCUCAUAUGCUUUUCGGUAUACCCCUGUCAAUCAAUGCCGCUAACUAUGCUUACUUUCUUGCACUUGAGAAAGUCCUUGCGCUUGGUCACCCGGACAUACCUCGUAUUUUCACAGAGCAAAUGUUGGAUCUCCACCGAGGCCAAGGACUGGACAUUUACUGGCGGUGCUCGUGCAGUUGUCCGACUGAACAGGCUUACGACGACAUGGUGAUUAAAAAGACCGGUGGCCUGUUUGGGAUGGCAGUGAAGUUCAUGCAGCUAUUUUCUACAGACAAAAGGGACUUUACACAUCUACUAGACAUUCUUGGACUCUGGUUCCAAGUCCGCGACGACUUGGCAAAUCUCGUGGAUCAAUCAUACCAUGACCUGAAAGACUUCGCCGACGAUAUCACAGAAGGCAAGUUCAGCUACCCGAUUGUGCAUGCAAUUAAUGCGCAACCGCACGACCACCAAGUCCUCAGCAUCCUCCGUCAGCGCACCUCCGAAUUCACCGUGAAGGAGUAUUGCAUUGGACUCCUAGCGGACAUGGGUUCCCUCGACCACACCGCCAAGAGACUGGUGAAGUUGGAAACUCAGUACGUACCCUGA